UAAAACACAGAAAGAAGAACAUCUUAAUUGCUUUUAUCCCUCGUAGAAUAAUAUCAAAUGUUGUUAUAGUAAUAUUUCAUAAUAUAGUGAUUUUCGAUACUGAAAUAUAAGAUUGGCAAGACUGGCAUCGGAAAAAUUUGAAUUUCAAAGCGUGUUGUUUCAACGGUUCACUUAGAAGUCGACGAUGAAGAAUUGAGUAAAACUGAAACAACAUGUUUAAAUAUUUUGAGUGCAAUUAAAUGAAGAGUUCGAAAAGAAGUGUUAAAGAAAGAAAUAAAGAAAGAAAUAAAGACAAACUUUUUAAAAGUGUUAAUAUAAAAAUUGAAUAAGUAUAGACAGACGUAAGAAAUGGUACAGCUACACGCUGUUAAUGAAUAUUAUUGUUUUCUUUGCGGGUCAUAUUGUUAAGAAAAUAAAAAAAGAAACCAAAAGAAAGGAGAAGAAGAAGAGGAAGAAGAAAAAGUGUUAGAUUAUUAAGAACUUUUUUCGGAUUUACGUCAUAAUGGUAUAUAAUAAGAAAGAUCAGGCCAAGGCAUUUUCGCCUAACAAGGUGAGAAAAUUUGGAAAAAAACGAUUAUCUGGAAACUUGUUAAAAACAAGUGCAAAUGGAAGCGGCGCAGCAGCAUCAUCAUCAACAUCAACAUCAACAUCAACACCAUCAUCAUUAUCAUCAUCAUUGGUAAACAAGAAUAAAUCAGAAACAAAUAUAAAAGUAAUAGUACGAGUUCGACCACCAAAUGAUAAUGAAUUGCAACUUAAUUCUAAGACAAUCGUUAAUAUACUUGAUGAUAAAAUGUUAAUAUUUGAUCCUAAGGAAAAGGAAAAUCCUUUUUAUUAUCAAGGUGUUGUACAGAAAGGUCGUGAUUUAUUGAAAAAACAAAACAAAGAAUUACAAUUUAUGUUUGAUAGAAUUUUUGGCGACACUUCUACAAAUAAUGAUAUAUUUGAAGGGACAACAAAAGAAUUAAUUUUAAGUCUUUUAAAUGGUUAUAAUUGUUCCGUAUUCGCAUAUGGUGCAACGGGUGCUGGAAAGACUCAUACUAUGUUAGGUAGUGCUAAUGAUCCUGGGUUAACUUAUCGCACUGUAGCAGAAUUGUUCUGUCAAAUAGAAAAUCAGAGUAGGCAUAAUGAAUUUAAUUUAGGCGUAUCUUAUUUAGAAAUUUAUAAUGAAAAUGUUCAAGAUUUAUUACAUAAGUCUGCACAAUUGCAUUUAAGAGAAGAUAGUAGAAGCGCAGUUAUCGUUGCAGGACUUAAAAUUAUUCCUAUACAGAACGCAGAAGAAUUGUUAUCUUUAUUAGCCAAAGGCAAUAAAAAUCGUACUCAACAUCCUACGGAUGCAAACCAAGAGAGUAGCCGAAGUCAUGCAGUUUUUCAAGUUUAUAUUCAAAUUACUAAUAAGUUGAAUGGCCAAACCAGACACGUUAAAUUGUCUAUGAUUGAUUUAGCUGGAUCCGAAAGGGCAUCAGUCACUGGAUGUAAAGGUGCUCGAUUUAAGGAAGGUGCUAAUAUAAAUAAGUCGUUAUUGGCACUUGGAAAUUGUAUCAAUAAUUUAGCAGAUGGUGUUAAACAUAUACCUUAUAGAGAUUCUAAACUCACUCGUCUCUUGAAGGAUUCUCUUGGUGGUAAUUGCCAAACUGUUAUGAUUGCUAAUAUAUCACCUUCUAAUUUGAAUUAUGAAGAUACAUAUAACACUCUCAGAUACGCGAAUAGAGCUAAGAAAAUAAAAACAUGUGUUAAAAAGAAUAUUGUAUCUUGCGAAAUGUAUAUAUCUGGAUAUAUUAAAAUAGUAGAAGAACAAAAGAAAGAAAUUAAUUUCUUAAAGCAACAAUUAGCAGCCUAUGAAAGCGGAUUAGUACAAGUACAACCUGAAAUUAAAGAAACCAAAGUUGUUACUGAGAAAAUAGAUGAUAGUUUAACGGAAAUAAAUAAUAAGUUAUUAGAACUGUGUCAUAAGAAAAAAUUAUUAAGCGACAAGAUGUUAUCUUUGGAAAGUGCAGAUAAAAUUUUAUAUUUUAGAAUGCAUUACAAAAAGGUUGCCGAUCAAAGGUUACAUAAUUUAACUGCAGCUGUGGACAUUUUGUCUUCUGAAGAACAAAAUGCAAGUGGAAAAACAAGAGUAAACAAAUCUUUAGAUUACUUUAAGCGACAAAGAAGCUCCUUAAAAAUACAAAUGGAAGGAGUUUGGAAAGAACUACGUACAGUCGAGGAAGAAAUGCAAAAACUAAAUGCUGAGAUUGUAUAUAAAAAUUUGCGUGAUAAAUUAGCAAAUGUUUACUCUUCUACAAUCCAAGAACUAGACACAUGUAUAAUGCAACAGCAAUAUGAACAUGUUAAGAAAAUCGUUAGUUUACAACAAUGUGAAUUACAUUCAAUGUGUACGAUUCACAAACUAAUAAGUCCAAUAUUACAAAGUUAUUAUAAUUUGAUGAAUGGUUAUGGAAUAAUGACUAAGGAAAUGAAAGAAGAAUUUAAACAGCUAAUUAAAUCGCUCGAAGGUGUUAGAAAUAUUAAAUGGUCAGAUUCAGAAAUGAUUGACGAAGAAAAAGAUUUUUAUAGUUUAUCGUGUUUAAGUAUACCUCAGUUAAAAGAUCCCCUCAAUCAUGAAGUGCCAGUAUUUGUAGAAUCAGUAAUUAACGAAGAAAAUCAUAAUGAUCAAAUUACUGAAGAUGUUUUAAGUAAAACAUUUAAUUUGAACACCUGUGAAGCAGAAAAUACAGAAGUUUUAGAUACAACCAUUACAUUACAUGAAAAAAAUGAAACUAAUUCAAUAAUGAAUACUGAACAGAAUUCAAUAAAAGUUAUAAAUAAAAAUGGUACAAGUACUAAUUCAGCAUUCUUACAGAAUAAAGUAAAGAGGCUUAUACCUUCGAAUAAUAAAAUUUAUUCAAAACAAUUUAAAAAAACGCAUCAAAAACACCAAAUUUUAAAUCACGUUGUUGGAUCGCCUGAUAAAGAGAACAAGAAUACACAAAAGCAACAUUCUGUUAUGAGUGCUAAAAGUAUUGCUAUUUUAAAUAGCUUAAAAGAGGAUAAGAUUAAAACAAUAUCGUGUCUCUCUACAAAACCAUCUAAACCAAUAUUACAAGAUGCACAAUUAAAGUCAGUAAGAAUAAAAGAAAGACGUGGACUUGGGUCUACACACCCUUAUCAAAAAUCAAAACAGAAGUAAGUGAUACUUUAAAAAUAUAUUCCAAAUUAUCUAUUAACGUGAUUAACGGAUGCACAUUAUGGUUUUUAUUUUUAUAGCUGUACAUUGACUCCACCUAAAAUAUAAUUGACAAUAAACCAAAAUCGUUUGUAGAUAUACAUAUAUAUUUCCUGUUUAGUAUAUUAAUAAUGAGAUUAAAUACAGACAUGAUUAUAAUAACGUGAGAAGAGAAUUUUAAAUUCAUUGAA